AUGUGUGAUGAAAUAAUAGAGGCUCACGAUGAGUGUCCAAGUGAUGUUACCAUCAAAAGCCAAGAUUCUGGUGACACUAGAGAUGAUUCUCUCCAGACUUCUUCAAAAUCGAGCAAAAUGGCUGGAAGAAAAGCUGCAAAGUCAUUAAGGUUAUUCCGAGGGUCAGUUGCUGGUGAUGAGAAUGUAGAAUCAUCUCGACAUCCUCAAGAAACUCAUGAAUUAGAACGUAUAAAGAAUAGAGAGAUGAACAUUGAGCUCACAAAUCCAUGCACUUUGCCGAAACUUCAAUUCAACAAGCAAAUAGUAGCAGGGAAAGAAUUGAGCUUAGAUCACCCAGUUUCUCCAAUGGGCACACGUAGAAACACAUCAAAGUAUAACGCACAACUGUUUCUGUCACCUCAAACUUCAACCCAGGCCACACAAAAUCAAUCUAAUGAUCAAAGCAGACAGGAAACUACCGAGUCUCCACAUAGAGAGGCUUUUGUCGAAGAUGAUAGUAUGCCAAUUAUUGAGCCUGUAUCUUCAGCAAUCUAUUUUCCACAUGCACCAGCCAAUGUUACCGUGGAGACCACACCCGAACAUCUUACUGCAGCAGCAGAGUUUGAUCAUCUAGAAGAAGAAAUGGUUGAAGAAAUUCCGCCCAAUUUAGAUUCAGAUCCAGGUAGCAACCAACAAGACAAAAAUAACCGAACAAUACCUGUGUGCCGAAAGCUGGAUUUCAAUGAGAGAAAAAAGAGUUGCAUUCAAGAUACAGCAGAAGAAAAUGAGGUGUUUGAGAAGCCAGGCAAAGGAGGCGAUACCGUGCAUGUAGAUGAGUUGACAACAGAUGAAAGUGGCCAACCUAAUGAUGAUACAAAAUAUUCACUAGCUGUUGAAUUGCAACCCUUCAAGAACAAAGUUGGAGGACAUACCGCCAUUUUCAAGUUUAGCCAUAGAGCUGUUUGCAAGGCAUUAGUAAACAGGGAAAAUACAUGGUAUGAAAACAUAGAAAUUUUACAUCCCGAGCUACUCAAGUAUAUGCCAAAGUACAUUGGUGUCUUGAAUGUUAGAUACAGUACUAUCUUGGAGGACGAAACGUGUGAAAACUCGGAAGAUCCCAAGUUACACGGAGGAUCGACGUCAAAAUUAGAGGAGAGUCAUGAGAGUGUUGAGGUCAAGCCGAAACUAGAUAGAUGCUAUUCAGAUAAUGUUUCAUUCCCUGAAGUAGUCCUCGAGGAUAAUAUCCAUAUUGUUCCCCAAUCCCUAUGGGGCCACUAUAGCAGUUCAUCCCCAGGGGAAGAUUCAUACGCAGAUAACAGAUCAAAAUUAACAUCAAGUGGAACAGUACCCGGGUCUACUUCAGUUAACACCAAAUUGAAAGAAUUAGUGUUAAGUGAAGUUUUUGCACCUAUCAGAGAUUAUACCCAAAAGGCCCGUGCUAAGAGACACUCCCAUUAUAGAAGGAGUAGAGAUUCAACAUCAAGAUCAUCUAUAUCAUCAAAUCCACAAAACAUACAGUUGACAAAUAUGCCAAGUGGACAUACACAGCGUCCACGCUUCCAUAGAUAUUCUACAAGUAGUAUAUCCACACCUAGUUCGCUUAAGCAUCUAGGAAUCCACCACUUUAGUAUAGCUGAUUGCCAACCUAUAUCUGAAAACUUAGGAACUUUUUCUGGAAACAACGAUGCCAAUGUAACAGUUGAGCCAUCGUCUGUUCAGAGUGACGAUCUUAAACUGCACCAAAAGUUUAGAUCUGAUUCUACUACUGAUAUUGAGCACGACAGUGUUCAAUUCCCAGACAGAGAAACCUUUAUUUCCAAUUUAAAAAAACUGUCCCUCGAAACAUCACGGGAAAACGCCAUAGAUGAUGACCUUGAUGAUGGUAUAAGCCCGACAGAUAAUAUGAAUGAAAGUGUAAUAUUUGAUAUGGAAAAUGAUGAUUCUACUGCAAGGAAUAAUGGCAACGAAGAUUCUGGCUCCCAAGAUAACAAUAAAGAAAGGCCUGAAAAUCGCCUAAGAAAACAUACACGAUUUGAAAGGUUUAUUUUAUUGGAAGAUUUGACGAGUGGUAUGAAAUACCCAUGUGUUUUAGAUCUUAAAAUGGGGACGAGACAGUACGGUACGGAAGCCAGAAAAAGUAAACAGGAGUCUCAAAGGAAGAAGUGCCAUUCAACUACCUCGAAGCAAUUGGGAACUAGAAUAUGUGGAAUGCAAGUAUGGGAUACCAAAAAACAGUCCUUUAUAAACAGGGACAAGUAUUUUGGAAGAAAGGUUACUGUCGGUUAUGAAUUUUUUAGGUCUCUUUCAAGGUUUUUGUAUGAUGGGAACAGCAUUUAUUCGAUUGUCAAACAUAUCCCCAAAUUGGUAGAUGGCAUAAGAGAACUGGUGGAGAUUAUUGAGAAACUAGUCGAUUAUAGACUAUACGGAUCUUCAAUCUUACUAAUGUACGACAGUGAAAAAGACCAAGCCAGCCGGCACGAGUCUACGAUUAUUCUCAGGUUAAUUGACUUUGCCCAAUCUGUGAUUGGAGGUAUGGAAUUAUCGCCAAACACUACCAUACCCCCAUACCAUAAGGGCGAACCAGAUUUGGGAUACAUAAAAGGCCUAAAGUCUCUAAUCUAUUACUUUUCUACAAUGUUUAAAGAGUUCACUCAUGGUUAUGAGUAUAAGGGUUUUGAAGAUGCUUGGACUGUGAUCCGAGAGUUGGAUGCAAGGCACGAGUUAGAUUACUCUUGCGAAUGGUUGGAUGACUUUAGCAAUGAAGAGCUAUCUUGUCCCUUUAGAUUCCAACCCAUCCCACCCCUUGAUAGCAUCUACGAGAAUGCUUCAGACUAA